AUGGCUGAGCAGAUGCCCCAGGGUGACCCUGCGCCACAGGGCUCUGCUGAGUGGGAAGGGGAGCAGAGUUUUGAUACUACCGGGGACAGCAACCCCUCUGAUACACAGCAUAGCGACCAACAAGCUCAAGAACCUGAAUAUUCAGUUGACUCAGCUCUGCGUGCCUCUGGUGACUCUCCAUCAAAUGAUGGUGCUGCCGAUGAUGUGGGUGAAUAUGACCCAGAGUCCGUCACAAUCGCGGCCGAGCCUCCUCAGGAUCCUGCCGAGCACGAGUCCCCCAAACCUGAACCACAACCCGCUCCCAAGAAGCGCAAGACCGCCGGUGGCUUCCUAGUGGGAGACUCCGACUCUGAGGACGACGAGACCCCCGUCCCUAAUGGCCUCUUGGCAGAACCCAUUGCUCAGACUCAGGCGCUCGCUCAGGAGCCUGCCGCUGUGACUUCCAACGCUCCACAACCCCCUCAGAUGAUAUCGCAUCCCGGCAUGGCCGCAUAUGGCCUUGCCCCCGGUGCAUCUGCGUCCGUGGCGGAACCCAAUCCGCCUCAGAUGACCGACACGACUGCCCUCCUGGAGGCACGCAUCAAGGAUGACCCACGUGGGGCGCUGGACUCGUGGCUCGCCCUCAUCGCUGAGCAUCAACGAACGCAGUGGUUAGAUGAGGCACGGUCUGUCUACAAUCGCUUCUUGGAGGUGUUUCCUCAAUCUGCGGAUAUUUGGGUCAAAUACGCUGAGAUGGAGCUGGGAUUGGGUGAUUUCCAAGCCGCUGAAGGCAUCUUCACCCGGUCCCUUCAAAGCGUGCCGAACGUGCAAUUGUGGACUGUCUAUCUCGACUACAUUCGGCGGCGCAACGACCUGAGUGAUACGAGCGGACAGGCCCGCCUCACCGUCACCCGUUCCUACGAAUUUGUACUGGACAAUGUUGGCAUGGACAAGGAUUCUGGCAGGAUAUGGCAGGACUACAUCCAAUUCAUCCGCUCCGGACCCGGAACCAUCGGCGGCAGUGGAUGGCAAGAUCAGCAAAAGAUGGACCAGCUUCGCAAAGCCUACCAGAGGGCAGUGUGUGUUCCCAUAUCCAACGUGAACCAGCUGUGGAAGGAGUACGACCAGUUUGAAAUGGGUCUCAACAAAAUGACUGGCCGCAAGUUCCUCGCCGAGCGCUCUCCCUCUUACAUGACCGCCAAGAGCGCCAACACUGCACUCGACAACAUCAUCCGCGAGCUACAGCGCACCAACCUUCCGAGAUUGCCCCCAGCGCCCGGCUUUCAGGGCGAUGAGGAGUUCACGAAACAAGUGCAGAUCUGGAAACGAUGGAUCGAGUGGGAGAAGUCAGAUCCCUUGGAUCUACAGGGCGAUGACCCGAAUCUCCUUCAACAGCGAAUCCUCUACUGCUACAAGCAGGCUCUCAUGGCUUUGAGGUUUUGGCCUGAGAUGUGGGUCGACGCAGCGGAGUGGUGCUUCGAGAACAACAUCACAAAGGAUGGCAAAGAGGCCGGAUCGCAAUUCCUGGCCGAUGGUAUCGAAGCGAACCCAGAGAGUGUUCUACUGGCACUCAAGCAGGCCGAUCGGAUCGAGUCCACGUACCCUGUGGAGAACUCAGAGGACUCGAGGAUAGCUUUUGCAGGCGCCGUCCGAGCUCCUUACAACAACAUCCUCGACACCCUGUACACUCUUCUCAAGAAUCUUAAGGAGAAGGAAAAGCUGGAGAUCACCAAGCUGGAAGAGAGCUUAGCCGCCGCCGAUUCGGCAGAAGCUGAUCAGGGAGACGAGUAUGACGAAGACGGCGCUGGCUCAGACAAGGGGGCCAAGGAGAACGCGAAGCAGGAGAAGAUCAAGCUCAUCAAGCAAGGGUUCUCCGUCCAGGCUGACCUCCUCUCCAAGACACUGACCCACGUCUGGAUCGCACUGGCGAGGGCUAUGCGUCGCAUUCACGGCAAGGGCGACACUAAGGGUCCGAUUGUCGGCCUUCGUCAGGUCUUUUACGAAGCACGGCAGCGAGGCAGGCUCGGCAGCGAGAUCUACGUUGCCGUUGCCAAGAUGGAGCUGAAAUGCUACAACGACAAGUCUGGCGGUAAGAUCCUCGAGCGUGGCGCCAAACUCUUCCCCGAAGAUCCCUACUUCAUGAUAGAGUACAUCAAGUACCUGAUCUCACAAAACGAUAAGACGAACUCCCGCGUCGCCUUUGAGACUUGCGUCAAUAGACUCGCUUCUAAGCCAGAGACGGUCAAUAAGGCCAAGCCGCUCAUCGCUUAUGUCCACAAGCACGAGUCCAUGUAUGGCGAUCUGUCCCGCGUCGCCGAGCUCGAGAAGCGCAUGGCCGAACUCUACCCAGAAGACCCCAAGCUGGCGCGCUUCAGUGCCCGUUACUCUUCUGAGAAGUUCGACCCCGUCCACGCCCUCAUCAUCGUCUCCCCCGCGGCCCAGCUCAAGCCGAAGCUGCCUCUAGGGUUCGAGCCACCCUCCAUCAACGACCCUAACCCCAUGCGCAUUCCCAUCCCUAUUCCUCUGCCUGGAACGCAACUGCCAGCGCAGCAACAAGCUAGCCCGCGCCCGCAGUUCAUCCAAGCCGCUCCGGCUUCUACCAACUCGCCGAAGCGACCUUUCCCGUCCGACGACUUUGACGACGCAGCCAACCCGCCCCGCAAGAUGCUGCGCGGCGACCAGCGCGAGUUCGUCCGCGAGCAGUCCCCGCUCAAGGGCGCAGCGGGCAGGCGCCUCGACCAGCAGCGGCGCCUACAGGGCCAGGGACCCUCAUCUUCCUCGGCGUACAGCAGUGCCGGCGGCGCGCCGGCGCCCAUCUCGACGUCCCUCACCUUCCUCCUCGGCCAGAUCCCCUCGGCCGCCGCCUACGCCCACAGCCCGCGCUUCAACCCGGCCAAGCUCGUCGGCCUCGUCCAGCAGACCGACGUGCCCGACCUCAUCAGCUGGGAGAACUCGCGCAAGGGCCGGCCGCUGGCCCAGCCGCAGCACGCGCGCCAGGUCUCGGGCGACUACGGCCGCAACUCGCCUGGCCUGGGCGGCGGCGCGAGACCGCUCAGCCCGUACUCGGGCGACCGCGGCAGGGUCGCGCCGUCGUCGGCGACGUACCGGCAGUCGUCGCUGCGCCCAGAGUCGCGCGACACCUACGAGCCUCCACCCGCGGCGGGAUACGCGGCGCCCUACGCGCAGCCACCACCCGCGGCGGCGGGAUACGACGGAGGCGGCCCGCCCGCCGGGUGGCAGCCGCCUCCUGGCGCGGUGUACGGUGGCGCCCCGCCGCCCCAGGUCGGCGGCUACACUGUGCCGCAGUACCAGCAGCAGGCCCCGCCGCAGCCGGGACAGCCGCCGUAUGGUGGCUACAGAUAUUAG